AUGGUUCCAGGACCAAGGCGCAACUCUUACGAACGCACUACCUACUCCAGCAUUCACUUCUGGGUGCUCAUUUGGCUAACCUACUUAUUCGUGCAAAAUGUGCCAUGUAUGUUUCAUCCGAACCCUGCAGAGACAUGGCUCAGGCUGCCGUCGGCUCAAACGAUGCAAGAAUUGGAUUCCCUUCAUGAUCUCCUCGAUUUCUCCCAUAGCCCGUUGCCAGAACCUCAUCCCGCUAGUCGAAUCGAUACGCGUCCGCCGCCUGGAUCACAUGACCUUAGCGAUAUUCUCAAUGUUGCCAAUAUUCCAUGGCCGGAAUCUCAUCCCGAUCCCCGUAGCACUAUUAGUAUCGACAAUGUGCAUCCGCUGCCUGAACCGGGUUACCUUCACAACAACAAUAUCUUUGAUUUGCCCCGUAGUCCACAGCUGGAGUCCCAUCCCAUUGUCACGGCCACCGACACGCAUGCAACCCGUGUUCAAAAAAAGAGGCCAAGCGACAAAAACCAGCUCGAAACUCCAGCGAGAAAAAAGAAGAAACCCUCAAGCGUUGAGACUGCUCUUGCUUUCGAAAUCAUCAAUUCUGAGCGGCCCAUUGAAGAAGAAAGACAAGGUGGCACUGUUGACAAUAUGCAUCCGCUUCCUGUAUCGGGUCACCUUCUCAACAAUAAUGUUCUUGAUUUCGCCAACCCUCCACAGCUGGAAUCUAGUCCCAUUCUCACUGCUACCAAUAUGCACCCAAUGAGUGUUCAAAAACAGAGGCCAAAGGGGCAAAAAAACUCAAAACUUUAG